AAACCCUAAUCCUAAUUAUCCACCCAUUUUUGGGAUAAAUCGUAGCAAAUUGAUAUCCAACCCUAGCUAGAAACCGAGUCUUUUCUUCUUCAAAUCGAGAAAAGACGAUAAAGUUUAAUCGCCAGAUGAAGAAAUCACAAGCUUCCCUUCAAAUUUGCAAAGGGAAGAGGGAAUUAGACCAAAUGGAUGUUGAUCAGGCCCCGACAGUUCACUUUGAAGAGGGAAUAAUUUUGAACAUCCUUAGCAGGUUAUCUGUGCGAUCUCUUCAUCAAUACAAAUGUGUUUCAAAAUUAUGGAAUACAUUGAUCUCCGAUCCUUACUUUAAGAUGAUGCAUUUCAAGCAUGCCAAGAACAACCGAAAUUCCCAAAGAUUUCUUAUUACCCACCUGUGCCGGAAUGAACGUAGAUUUGACAGCUACUAUUGUUCUAUAUCGUUGGUUCAAAUGGUUGAGGAUGCACUAAAACUUGAUUGCCCUUUAGGCUCUAAACCACUUUUAAGAGUCAUGUGUAGUUGUGAUGGCUUUGUUGUUGCCAUAGUUUCCGCUGAUAUGAUGGAUAAACAUCCCAUACAUUUGCUAUGGAACCCUUCCAUAAGAGAAUCAAUAGUACUUCCUGCUCCACAGUCUGAAACAUGCGGCUAUACCCGUUAUGGAUUUGGUUAUGACUCAACCAGCGGUGACUAUAAAAUCCUUAGAAUUUGUAGCAAUGAAUAUACAGAAACUCUAGCUUUGAAAGGUGGUUCCUGGAGAAAAAUUGAUGAACAUCCUCGUGGUGUUUCCUCUGAGUUGGCUUAUACUAGUUAUUUGGCAUUUGUACACGAGGCAUUUCAUUGGAUCGGUAGCUUAAUAGACUUCACAUCACAAUAUGUAUAUAUCUGGACUCGUAUGGACAGCUUAAAAAAAUUUUCUCUUGUUUCAUUUAGUAUUUCAAAAGAAGUGUAUGGAGAGAUACCGUUGCCAGAGCAAAUAUUGUCCUUGGUGGACAUCAAAUAUCUUGGUGUUAUAGUUUUGGAUGGAAUGUUAUCUGUUUAUUCUGUCACUUCCGAUCAACAUCAGGAUUUGCAAACUUUAAAGUUAUGGGUAUUGAAAGACUAUGAUGUCAAGGAAUCUUGGACUGCAUUGUUUACUGUAGAAGAUCCCUCUGUUUAUAGAGUCGUACCGAAAUACAGGUUCGCGGAUGGUGAAUUGCUAUUCAGGUGCUUUCAUAAACCGAGUCGUGGGAAUGUAUUUCGUACAUCCGUUGGACCAUUUAUGUCAUGGCUGCCACCUAGCAUUCAGGACAUUGUAGUUUUUACAGAAAGUUUUAUCUCUCCAAAAUCAUUAGUUUCUUAUGUAUGAUCGGUGGUCCUAUGAAAAACAGCCUCUUUACCUCCACGAUGUAAAGGUAAGAUCUACCUUUUCAGACCCCACUCGAACGAUUUCACUGAGUAUGUUGUUUCUUAUGUAUGAUGGACGCACUUUUGUUUUUCCAUUAAUUAUGUUACAAACUUGUAGUCUUGUAAGUUCUUUCAACGCCUUACAAUUUGUUCUCAUCAGGAACCUCUGGUGUUGGAUGUAGAUUGGGAACUUUAGGAUGGACUGGACAAUAGACUACUCAAUAGUUUCUUUGA